UUAUAUUCGGUUAUUAUAGUAUUACUCAUAUGUAUUAAUGAAUUUAUCAAUUUAAUGAGUGAAAUCUGUUAUAAUUAAUUACAUCAGCAAUUUAAAUGAAUUUCAGAACAUCUAAGAAGUAAUUUACAUUCAUUUUGUUAUGUUUUUAUUAUAAAUAUUAUUGUAAUUGCACAUUUGAUUAAUAAUAGUUACAUAUUUUUAUUUUAUUUUAGAAAAGGCUGUUAGCAAAAGACUUCAAUGAGAACUGAAAUGAAAACGUGUACUGUAUUCAAACUGUUCAGAAGGAAUACAGCAAGUCAGUACUGUAUUAGGAAAAAAUGAGCUCAGUACCUUCAUUAGUCAAGUAACUUGGAAUUCAUCAACUGGGUUAAAAAAAAUUGUAGAAUACAUCCUAGCUCAACUUGUGAAUACUAACUUCACCAAAGUAACUGUAACUUAGAGCUCAUCAAUUCGUACUUUCCCCACACGGCCUAAGAGCACUACAGGCCUUUCACGCUAACCCGACACAGAACUUGGACACUUGUAUUGCUGUGGGUGACACAGUACUCUGGAAGUCACAGAUCUGAAAGACACAGUUUUCUGAAAAAUAUAGUGUUUUCUGGAAGACACAGCUUUCCGGAAGAGACAGCUUCCUGGAGGAGACAGCUUCCUGGAGGAGACAGCUUCCUGGAGGAGACAGCUUCCUGGAAGAGACAGCUUCCUGGAAGAGACAGCUUCCUGGAAGAGACAGCUUCCUGGAAGAGACAGCUUCCUGGAAGAGACAGCUUCCUGGAAGAGACAGCUUCCUGGAAGAGACAGUUUCCUGGAAGAGACAGUUUCCUGGAAGAGACAGCUUCCUGGAAGAGACAGCUUCCUGGAAGAGACAGCUUCCUGGAAGAGACAGCUUCCUGGAAGAGACAGCUUCCUGGAAGAGACAGCUUCCUGGAGGAGACAGCUUCCUGGAGGAGACAGCUUCCUGGAGGAGACAGCUCCCUGGAAGACACAGUUUCCUGGAAGACACAGCAACCUACCAACGAAGAAUAGUUGAACCACACAAAGGACCAACUCUUACUAACUGCUUCGAGUGUCUCAUCCAUCAUGAUCAAGCUACUCCCAAUCUUCCUUGUACUCUUACUGGUGGCAGCAUCAUUGGCAAGUGAGAAGGAAGAUGUGAGCACAGAGAAGGAAAGUUAUAAUAGUGAUGGUGGUAUGAGGGUGGUUCAAGAGGGAAGGAACAUAGCAGCAUGGCAAGGCAUUACAUCCACUCCCUCUUUUCACGCUUUGCUGCUGAAGUCAGUUGGUAAUGCUCACUCCUCCCUCUGCCACAGUCCUUUCAGUAGCAAGGGACGCCAAGGCUGUGGAGGUGAUGAUCGUGUAGAACAGAGAGUUAACCAGAGGCUGAGAAAGGAUUCGGAAAACAUUGGCAUUAAGACAUAUCUUGGAGUCCCAGUGGAGAAAUUGAGGUUGUUGGGUAUGAGGAAAAUCCAGUGCGGUAUGUUGGAUGGUAAAUGUUCUUCACGUAGAAAAAGAGAUGUGGGGAAGGAAAAUAGAACUGUUGAUGAAAGUGUAGCAGUAGGCAGCAACAGUAGUGAAAAUAAUGGGACAAAAGGAGAUGAACUGCCUGAACUUGAAAGGGAAGAAACAAAGGGAGAGGAGCUUCCUGAGCCAGAAGCACUAGCCUGGAUAGACCCUGGACGACUGGCCAGUCAGGGGGUGACAAUGGAGCAUGUUCCCUCCUUGGCCAACCUGAUGGGGCUGCGAGUUGUCAAAUACAAAACCCAGCAGCCACAGCACUUCCAAGCUCCAUACAGGCCACAGCUGCCACCUGGGCAGCCCCCCAAUAGAAACCAACCGGUCCCUGCUGUCACAACAAAUAUGAGGCUCAACCCAUUACAGAAAUCCACAUCCAGGUUUGAUACUGGCAAUGCUUUUGGGAACUCAUUCCACAACUCCUUUGACAAGUACUACAAGAGCUUCAAUCAGCAGGAGAUGCAGGACAUCGAUCGUAUCAGCAACAACCAUGGCCGCAUACCAGUAGAGACCAGUAGUUACAGUGACCCACCUCCCCGUGCCCCUUCUGCUCCUGCCAAUGUGCCAUUUAGAUUCCCUAGUGGAGGUGUGCGACCACAGCCUCCCCCACCAAACACCUUUGCCCGUCCACCAUACUCCAGCCUGGGAAACACUGCUGACACUCUCAUGCAGAUGCUAAACCCAUUUAAUCUGCUGGGAUCUAAUCAGUUCCCUCAACUGCCUCGCUACCCGCAUCCCGUCCCGCCCCCAAGUUAUGACCCUCGCAGACCACACGGCUUCCACCACCCAAGGCCUAUAGACAUAAACGUUGCUGACCUGAAGGAUAUACCUAAGGGAGAUAUUAAAUAUGAGGUGCUAAUGGAUCCUAACCAAGAUCUGCACCAAGGUUAUCGGUUUAAAGAGGAUUCCCCACUUAGAGAUGACCUUUAUAUUGGCCAGGAUGGAAACCUCUAUCUUAAGGACAGUUCUGCUACAUCCAAGACGCCAGAAAAAAAUCCGUUUGAAGAUGAUGAAGAGCCACCUAACAGCUCCCCACCCGAGAAUCCACCAUCCCAGGACUCUCAUGAACCCAAUCCAACCUCACCAUCAGAAGGGCGCUAUGAAGAUGAAGAUAUAGACACAUUUGAUGAUGACUUUGACGAAGACUUCAGUGAUGAAUAUGAAGACUCAAGCUAUGCUCAACUGCUGGAGAACCAUAACAUGAAUGACCAAGGCUCUCAAGAACCUUCAAGACCUGUUCAGGAUUUCAGCCAAGACUAUUUUAGAAAUGGUCCUCGCAAGCCUUUCAGAGAGCCACCCAUCAUCCCUAGUCGACCUAACUUACCUCAUCAAGUUCACUAUCCGAAUGUGGCAAGUAAUCCCUAUGUAGUUCGGACUCCUUCCAACUCUUUUCUGAACUCUGGUCUCUUUGGAUGGUUAUUCUCGCCAUAUUCUCGCACGAAUUAUCCAAGCUACUACUACAACCCAAGGGAAAUCCUACUACCCAGGUUCAAGUACCCAAGGGGACCCUAUGCACAUGCUUCAAACUCUCCUGCAGGUUCACUAUCCAACAUUCCAGAUGCUAACUAUCCACGAUCUCCACCACUUUCCCAAGGCCCUCUACAACCCUUACCUCCCAAGCCACCGCUUGCACACCCUCAGCUCCCAAACCCAUCACUUAUGCGACCCCCAGUUCCAAGUCCACCUCCUCGUUCCUUAACACAGUAUCCACUUGGACCUUUGCAACACAGUCCCUCACGUCCUCACCAGUCUCUCCAACCCUCUUCAUCCACCCUACCUAACACUCGCCACCACAAUGCUGUCCAAGGUGGAAAGACACGUGUGCGGGCAAACUUGGAAUAUGGCCAAGGAACAGGUACUGGCUUCUAUCCCGGAAAUGGAUUCUUUGAUUCAGAUUUUCCCACGUUGUACCACAUGGCCCCUUCCCAAAGGAACGGAUUUGUGGAGGAGCUCCCUAGGCCAAUGGGACAGAAUGCAACAGCAUUGCCACUAGAUGACAACUAA